CGGCUGGACUCGUGCUUGCAUCGUGUGAUCCCUGCUGCGAGAGCUUCUGCAGGAAAACACGUUCCAGCAUUGCGAGAGACAGCAUGGAAAAUCUCCGAGUCGUAUUUGUGAUUGUUUGGCAUACAGGUGUGUGCUGCACGCGUUGACCUCGAGGGAGUAGAUUAUAUUAUUGUCUAGAUAUCGUUUCUACCGUCCUUCCUUUGUUUCAUUAUCUACCCCUUAUAUAAGUGUUUUAACCGAAAGACUAACAGAUCAGCGUUCAAUACGAUGGUCUUCAGUCUCUUCACUCGCAAGCCCGAUUCAUCAUCCAACAUACAACUACAUACACCCUCUCCCUCAAUUUCCCACACUGACUCCCCAGUAGCCCCCUCGCCCACAUCACCACCCACUACUGCGACAGAGCCUGAGCCAGAACCGGAGGUAACAGACUCGAGUGUCUUGUAUGACCUCGUACGCUCCGUCCCUCCCCAGACCCUACACACAUACACCCUCGCCCACCUCUGCCCGACCUCCGAUCCCCCACUGAUACCCCCCUCCCCACGCACACUCACCGCGCUUACCCAUUUCUUCCACGAACUCUCCCCGCCACCACAACUCCAUUGCGUGCGCUGCCACUCCUCCUUCUUCGAACUUUCAAAUACAGACACAUCUUGCCGCAUUUCACAUGACGAUGAAAGCGCACUCGUCGAUCGUUCUGCGUACGAGACCUUGUGGGGAUGCUGUGGAAGGAGCGUCGAAGGGACGGGAGAUAUGGGUCCCCCGGAUGGGUGGUGUUAUGAGGGAAGACACACAACGGACACCAAACGCGCGCGUUUUCGCGCAGAUUCUACCAUCCACGACGAUAAACUAGUGUCGUGUUCUGCGACGGGAUGUCACGGCCGUAAACGCAAGCGGAGUGUAUCCGUCUCCAGCAGUGACCUAAGCGCUAGCAUAAGGAAGAAGGACAAGGCCAAAGUAAACGCAAAAUCAAACGUCGAUGCUUCGCCCAGGUCAGCUUCUAAACCUACUUCAAAAGCUUCCACGCCUAGACCUACACCCAAACCCCUCUCCAAAUCUGGUACAUUCAUAUCAUCAGUUACCCUUGUCCAAGCACGCAGCAUACCCCUACCUAAAUCCAACCUCCACAAAUCCCAUGUCGCAUCACCAGUCGUAGACGCUGUUUCUGAAUCUGAACCCGACCCACAACCAGACAUCCCCUUGCGUCCUGCUCGAGAACGCACAAGAACACGCUCUACUGUAGACGAACAAAAGACCCGCUCUACUGCAGAUGACAAAACUCGCCCGCUUGCUGACGAUAACAUGUGUAAACCACGUACGCGCAGCGCAGCACGGGAAGAGCGUAGUCUUUCGCGCACCAGAACGGUGGUGAGAGGCGGUUCUGUCCGUAUGCUGCGUGAGCGCGAGAGGGAAAGGGAGAAAGAGAAGGGUAUAGGCGAGUCAGAUGGUGACGACAGGGGACGAACAAGAGGGAGGGAGGUGAAGAAGAGAAGGGUGGGUGUAUGAGUCAAAUUUUGAAUGCCUGUGUGUGGCGUGGAUGAGAAUGGAUGGGUGUGAAUGACAUACUAUAGUACUAUUAUUUUCUUGUUUAAGUCGGUGCGACAACGCUGACGAGUACGACGCUGGCAGUCGAUAUAACCCUCUUUUGUAUGCUACUACUACCCCACUAUAUCCAGAGAUUCACAAUCGGCAUGAAAUCUGAUUAUUGAAUCGGUAAAUCUUCCUUAUGAAAUCACAAUUGAAACGUUGUCAUCCUCACACACCCCGUCUCCAAUCCUGUAUACCACCAUACAUAAGAUCGAUUUCAGGGAAGAAGAGCUGAAUGGUUCGUAUCAGGC